AUGGAAAAAAACCGUAAAAGAGAACGACGAAGGGUGCCUACAAACAGAGGGAGUGAUCAGAGCAGAGACCAUGUCCAAGAGACGGACUUACAUCAUGGAGCACAGCCAAUGCAAGACUGGGGCAGGGAUGAUUCGACUUUGAGCGAUACUCGAGGACAGAAUGCUCAAGUCAGUGAAGACCAUGCCAUGAGACAUGAAGCAGACACACCUGAAUUACAUGGUGAUCUGAGUGUCAAUCAGACAAUGUCCCCACGAAUGCUUUAUAAGGUUGCUCGAGAAGCUCAGAUAGCGGUCAAUUUGGCCAGAGAGGAAACAAGGAUUUUGCGGCGAAAAUACGACGAUUUGCUGAACGAGACUGAAGACCCUGAAAUCUCGAGUCAGCAAGGUCCCCCCAAAAAGCAAGAGCUUAUGGACGUCGGCAGUGAGCUACAAAGAAAAAUCAAACAUACCAAGCAGCUGGGGCAAAAGUUCCUUGUGACGUCCAUGCUAUGGAUACAUGACCCAGUAAAUACAUUCAAGACAACUCGUGACGAUCAAUAUAGUCCACUGGGCCGGUUUGAAAACAUUGAGCAAAAGAUACAAGGUCAGAUUAGUGAGAUAUACGCAAACACACCUCGUGAACUUGUUGGGAUGAUUGGGCAGGAUUGGUUCGUAUCUGCUUUCCGCGACGGGAUGCAGGCCCAGCGGUCAAAUGGUGCAAGCCGUCUUCGUGCAUGCGGCAACACUAUCUUUGAUUGUUCAGCGGCCGAUUUGAAGACAUCUGAGGCAAGGCGAAAUAAAUUUCUCAAUAAAAUUGGGUGGAGGAUGAACAGCAAAGGACACUCAGCUUUCAGCCUAUGGAACGUUGAGGUCCUCCAUGCUGAUUAUUCUGGGAAGUUCGACGUGAAUAAAGUCUUCCUUAACCCGCUCUUGAAAGUGGUCCUAUCCUGUGUCAUUCGAGGACCCGGCUCAAUUGUGGCGAUGAAAAAGGGGAUGCCUUAUGAGGGCGCGCGAAGUACCGAAACUCUGGACGUUAAAUGGGGCCUCCAGCACACCACACCAGGCAUGGUUGCAUGCGCCGCUAUUUUGGCACGAUGGGUGCUCUCCCCUGAUAGUAUCCUGAAAGAGAGGGGAGCUCAGUCCGGCAUUAAUUGGCAUGAAGAUUUCGACAAUUACCUUGAAUAUCUCGAAAUUGGGCUGGGAAAAAGGAAAGGGAGUGUACUCACUAUCUUCCGCGAGUGGGACAGAAUACUUUUCCCACAUACCACAAGUGGCCUCGGAGGUCCACUGAACGACGAAGACAGGGAGGAGGCAAUGAAAGAAGCGAUGGAUGCAUUGAAUCAAGACGUUGAAGAGCUGCCGCCUAGUGAUCAAGAACAUGAUGAUGAUGGUGGCGUGAUAAGGGAGGGGAACGAUCUAGGUCCAGGCGAAUCAGAUAACGGCCUCGAAUCAGAAGGGGAAGCCUGA